AUGGGUCUGCUGCCCUGCCUGCACUCCUUCUGCCGCCGCUGCCUGCCCGAGCCCGAGCGCCAGCUCACCGUGCCCGUGCCCGGCGGGGCCAACGGCGACGUGCAGCAAGUGGGGGUGAUCCGGUGCCCGAUCUGCCGCCAGGAGUGCCGGCAGAUUGACCUGGUGGACAACUACUUUGUGAAGGACACCUCGGAGACCCCGAGCAGCUCUGAUGAGAAAUCAGAGCAGGUGUGCACGAGCUGUGAGGACAACGCCAGUGCCGUUGGGUUCUGUGUGGAGUGUGGGGAGUGGCUCUGCAAGACCUGCAUAGAAGCUCACCAGCGAGUGAAGUUCACUAAAGAUCACAUGAUCAGGAAAAAAGAGGAUGUGUCUUCAGAGGCCGUGGGAGCAUCUGGUCAACGUCCUGUUUUCUGUCCUGUGCACAAACAAGAGCAGUUAAAGCUUUUCUGUGAAACCUGUGACAGGCUGACGUGCAGAGACUGUCAGUUACUGGAGCACAAAGAACACAGGUACCAGUUUCUGGAAGAAGCUUUUCAGAACCAGAAGGGUGCAAUUGAAAAUCUUUUGGCCAAACUUCUUGAGAAGAAGAAUUAUGUAAAUUUUGCAGCUGCCCAAGUUCAGAAUAGGAUAAAAGAAGUAAAUGAAACGAACAAACGAGUGGAACAGGAAAUCAAAGUGGCAAUAUUCACCCUCAUCAAUGAAAUCAAUAAAAAGGGAAAAUCUCUCUUACAGCACCUCGAGAAUGUGACAAAGGAGAGACAGAUGAAGUUAAUCCAGCAGCAGAAUGACAUCACUGGUCUGUCCCGACAAGUGAAGCACGUGAUGAACUUCACGAACUGGGCGAUCGCGAGCGGCAGCAGCACCGCUCUGCUCUACAGCAAACGGCUGAUAACAUUCCAGUUACGGCACAUUCUGAAGGCCCGCUGUGAUCCCGUCCCAGCUGCCAACGGAGCAAUACGUUUCCAUUGUGACCCCACCUUCUGGGCCAAGAAUGUUGUCAAUUUAGGUAACCUUGUCAUUGAAAAUAAACCAGCCCCUAGUUACACUCCUAAUGUAGUGGUUGGGCAAACCCCUCCAGCAACAAACCACAUCAACAAAGCUCCAGGACAGAUCAAUCUUGCACAGCUUCGACUCCAGCACAUGCAGCAGCAAGUUUAUGCCCAAAAACACCAGCAGCUGCAGCAGAUGAGGAUGGCACAGCCAUCAUCUGCAUCCGUGCCCAGGCAGAGCAGCCAACAAGUCCUCCAGCAGCAGCCUCCCAGGUUGAUCAGCAUGCAGACCAUGCAGAGGGGUAACAUGAACUGUGGGGCUUUCCAAGCACAUCAGAUGAGAAUGGCUCAGAAUGCUGCUCGUAUUCCAGGAAUCCCACGCCACAAUGGACCUCAAUACUCCAUGAUGCAACCUCACCUUCAAAGACAACACUCGAACCCUGGGCAUGCUGGGCCUUUUCCAGUGGUUUCUGUGCACAACACCACAAUAAACCCCACCAGCCCCACCACAGCAACCAUGGCCAGUGCAAACAGGGGGCCCACGAGUCCGUCCGUCUCGGCCAUCGAGCUCAUCCCCUCCGUGACAAACCCAGAGAACCUGCCUUCCCUGCCAGACAUCCCACCCAUCCAGCUUGAAGAUGCUGGUUCAAAUAGUUUAGAUAACCUGCUAAGCAGAUACAUUACAGGCAGCCACCUCCCCCCACAACCCACAAGUACCAUGAAUCCCUCCCCAGGACCUUCAGCUCUGUCUCCAGGGUCAUCAGGUUUAUCCAACUCCCACACUCCAGUGAGGCCACCCAGUACCUCCAGCACAGGGAGCAGAGGAAGCUGUGGCUCCUCGGGCAGAACUGCUGAGAAAACUGGUGUUAACUUCAAGGCUGACCAAGUGAAAGUAAAGCAAGAGCCAGGCACAGAGGAAGAGAUCUGCAGCUUCUCAGGAACAGUAAAACAGGAAAAAACAGAGGAUGGCAGGAGGAGUGCUUGCAUGCUCAGCAGCCCUGAGAGCAGCUUGACACCACCACUAUCCACCACCUUGCACCUGGAAAGCGAAUUAGAAGCGUUGGGGAGCCUGGAAAACCACGUGAAGACGGAACCAGCGGAUCUGAGCGAGAGCUGCAAGCAGUCAGGGCACGGGCUGGUCAACGGCAAGUCCCCCGUGCGCAGCCUCAUGCACCGCUCGGCCCGCGCCGGGGGAGAGGGGAACAACAAGGACGACGACCCCAACGAGGACUGGUGUGCUGUGUGCCAGAAUGGGGGGGACCUGCUGUGCUGUGAGAAGUGCCCCAAGGUGUUCCACCUCACCUGUCACGUACCAACGCUCCUCAGCUUCCCCAGUGGAGAGUGGAUAUGUACAUUCUGCAGAGAUCUGAGCAAACCUGAAGUAGAGUAUGAUUGUGACAAUUCACAGCACAGCAAGAAGGGGAAAACAGCACAAGGCCUGAGUCCUGUGGACCAAAGGAAAUGUGAACGUCUCCUGCUUUACCUGUAUUGCCACGAGCUGAGCAUUGAAUUUCAAGAGCCAGUCCCAGCCUCGAUACCAAACUACUAUAAAAUCAUAAAGAAACCCAUGGAUUUGUCCACGGUGAAGAAGAAGCUGCAGAAGAAGCACUCCCAGCACUACCAGAGCCCCGAGGAUUUCGUGGCAGACGUGCGGUUGAUCUUCAAGAACUGUGACCGGUUUAAUGAAAUGAUGAAAGUUGUUCAAGUUUAUGCAGAAACACAAGAGAUUAAUUUGAAGGCUGAUUCAGAAGUAGCACAGGCAGGGAAGGCAGUUGCAUUAUACUUUGAAGAUAAACUUUCAGAGAUCUACCCAGACAGGACCUUCCAGCCUUUGCCUGAAUUUGAGCAGGAAGAGGAUGAUGGUGAAAUAACUGAGGACUCCGAUGAAGAUUUUAUACAACCACGUAGAAAACGCCUAAAAUCAGAUGAGAGACCAGUGCAUAUAAAGUAAUCUAAUGAUAUGGACCUGAAAUUUAUUGUAAAAACUGUUAUUUAAGUGUUCCUGGAAUAUUAUCAUGCCUACAGUGGCCAUCUUGAAGAAGCUGAUAGCUUUUUAAACAGUAUUAGAUUACAAAAAACACUUGUACAGAAAAACAUUUGCAUCAAAAGGGGAAAAAAACUUGUAUUGUAAAUUUUUGGUGGUUUGUAUUUUUUUUUUUCCUUGAUCCUUUCUUUUCCUGAUGGAGGGGACACACUCAUCCUGGUCUCACAGAUAGAGGUGGAGAAAAUGUUGAAGAGAAGCAGAUUUGAUAAGAGAUGUUCCAUGUACAGCUGAGACUGUGUAGGAGAACGUUCUGCAGGACUGGACCAAUACAGUGACUGUAUCUUGCAUUACACUGCAGUGUAAACUGUGAGCAAAGUCCCUGAAAUCCCCUCUCUGUGUGAACUCAAGUGUGUGUUGGUCAUUGCUUUGGUCAUCUCAUUGCAGCAGAGUUGUGAAUAACUGGUCUUCUGUGUCAAUCAAUUAUUGACAUUUUACUUUCUUUAUUCCAUUUUAUGUGUAGCAAAAAGAAAAAGAAAAAUAUCAUUAAACUGUUCUGAAUUGG